AUGUGGAGUGCAUCUAAACCAUAUGCAGCACUACCUAAGGAUGACCUUAUCAAGGAGAUCCUAGCAACUGACCCUCCCCAUCCCUUCAAGAAAAUGGAUCGCAAACAGUUUACAUGCACUUAUAGCAUCUUAGCAUUGGAACCCUACAAAUUUCCAACUCAGGCUGAAGUCAAUGCCAUGGCAGAAGAAGAAGAAACUCGCACAAAACUCUCCGGUGGGAGGAAAAGGGGCCAUAACGAAGAUGACAGUGAGGAUUCAGAUAGCCAGGAGAGUGAGGGUGAUGACCUGGUCGGUGCCCAGGGUGGGAGUCAUAGCAGUGACAGCAACAAUAGUGGCAACAAUAGUGUUAACAGUGGCAGUGGGAGAAAUAAUGAUGGAAAACUGGGCGCUCCCCGAGAAGGAAAGAACAAGGGCAAGGAGAAGGAGAGAGACGAGGGAAACCACUGGGAUGAUGAUCGGAUCCGCAAAUUCAAGUUUGCAGAGUUAGAGCAGAGCCUUCAUCUUCCUUCCACGUAUUGCUGGUAUGCAGGACAGGAUAUGUUACAUGUGUGUAACAAGAAGGACAACAUUGAGUGGUUCAGAUACUCAACUGGAGGGAUUUUGCAAGAUGGUAUUCUGAAUUUGAUUCCCUUCGACAUUCAGAAUAACGAUGAAUUGGUCUUCACACGGCCUACUGGCAAAUGUCCUCUGGUUAUGAUCCCAGAAGAGAAUGCUUUCUACACUGGAUUCAAGCUUCAAGGCCAACCUAUUGGAUAUGCCUUCAAUCAAAGACUCAAGUGGGAGUGGUUUCUUCUUGACAUACCUGGUCACGACAGAUCAGUCUUGCUCGACGGGCCAUGUGGUUCAAAUCCUCAUCGACUGGUUGACCCACUCACACUGGAGAUAGAGUUUCUAGAUUCAGAUGCGCAAAUGUUGUCAGAUGCCACUGAUGAGCCAGAAUUUGUUGACAGCAGAUGGUUUUCUAUGCAUACUUGUCAGCAUUUCCAAGAUCCAACCAGCUUGGAGAUAUUUGUAGAGACACACUCUGAUUGCAAGUGGGAAACCCAUGAUGACAGGGAAUACAUUAUUAGAGAGGGUCUGCUGGGCUCGAUUCCCAACAUAGUCAUGGGCAGGAGAUUGAGGUAUAUCCAAGCAUCCGAGUAUUCAGAGGACCAGGAUUCGACAUCAAAAGAUGUUCUUGUUAAUCGAAGUAUUGUUGGGCAAGAUUGGAAGUUCAAGUGGAAGGGACGGGAUGUUACUUGGACGUUGGUCAUUGGGGACAGGCUGGAGACAUGGUCGGAUGAUUUAAGUGGAGAAUUACUGUGGCAAAGGAUGUGGGGUACCACCAAUGUGACGAUGAACUUGGAUACAGGUGAAAUAGCCUUUCUUCAUGGACAUGGAUAUGGACAUUCCUCAAGAUUCUACAUCUCCCCUGGUUUCAUAUAA